AGUGAAGCGGCGCAGACAGAGACAGGAGGCUGUGUGUGGAUUAGGGGGUUGGGCUGCCGGCUGGUCGGAAAACCUGCCGCCACACUUCCAGUCUGUCUCCGCCGGUGCAGCGUUGCUUUCCCGCAUCAGCAUCAUCAGCAUCAUCAGCAUCAGCCUCCAGCAUCAUCUCCUGCCUCCUCGUCUGCGCUCCCCUCCGCCUCUGUACCAGACACUGAGACGACACGGACGGACGAGGACGAGCCGCUGAGCAGUCUUCAGGGAAAUAAGGGAAUAUACAGUGAAAAGAUGGUGAAACUGGGGAGUAAUCUUCAGGACAAAGGGGCCAAACCUGUGAGCGUGGAGGACGGCUUUCAGAAUGUGCCCCUCAUCACUCCGCUGGACGUUGGCAGCCUCCAGAGCCAAGCACCUGACAAGGUGGUGGUGAAAACUCGCACAGAGUACCAGACAGAGAAGAAGAGGCUGAAGGUUCCCAAGGUGGAGGAGUUCACCAUCAGCUUCACCGACGGGGUCUCUGAGAGACUUAAGGUGACAAUUCUGAUCAUCCUGGCCCUGGCCUUCCUUGCCUGCAUCGUGUUCCUGGUGGUUUAUAAAGCCUUCACCUACGACCAUGCCUGCCCAGAUGGAUUCAUUUAUAAGCACAAGCGCUGUAUCCCAGCCUCCCUGGAGGCCUACUACGCCGCCCAGGACGCCAACUCGAGGGGCCGCUUCUACACGGUGAUCAGCCACUACAGCAUGGCCAAGCAGACCACCUCGCACUCCGUCUCCCCCUGGCUUCCCGGAGGGGUGGUGGGGCCGCAGCAGCACGACCCCAAACCGCCGAGCGGCGAGGGCCACUGAGUUAGCCGAAAACGGCUGACAGUUUGUUUUGCAAACACAUGCAGACACACGGAGAAAUGCAUUACAGACACAGGCGGGUGCAGACACGGACACACACACACACACACACACACACACACACAUGUAGGAGAAUAUGUAGAAAAUGUAGACAAAAAGAGGUGCACACUAACACAGCAGCGACAUAUAUAACGCCAGUAUAGAUUGAACACGUGCAUGCAGACAUGGAAACUCACAAGCACAUGCUCUGCCAUAUUGUCUGCCCAUUAUUACAUGCUCUUUCUCUCGAGAGCAUUUUCCCCAGAUCUUUUGGGCUCCUGGGAUCAUCAUCAUCUGCUGAUACACACUCACACACACACACACACACACACACGUACACGCACACAGUCUGCUGUCUCGUUACCAUGUUUACCUUCCUCUAAUUUUAUUAUUUAUUGACUGUCAUGAUAAAUCAAUUUUUUAACUGUAGUGUAUGGAUGUUUUGUAUGUGAUUAGCAGGCAACUACUUUGUACAAAGGCACGCGUCAAUGCUGAAUUUCGCGCUUCUUCUCUGUGAGAUUCUGACUCUUUUUUGUUUGUGUGUAUAGGCCACACACACAUACACACACACACACACGCACACGCACGCACACACACAUCACAUCACAUCACAUUCCAACCCAAAAUAAGUCAGUAUGGUCUUGUAUUACUGUAACACAUUUUAUAUACAAAGAUUUUUUGGGGGGGAAGGUUCAAUGCCAACGUCCGCGUCCACAUUACAUCCUAAGUUGAUAGAAAUGAAUUUUUCCAUCAUGGUUGUUUGAUAGCUCGCAUUCAAUGACAUUUUCAAUGACCUGUGUUAUACAUCUGAAAUCCAGAAAUCCCCUCGUGACCCAAGCUGUACAUAGAUCUGUGCAUCCAGGCUAGUUUUUGGUGUGUACGCAUUGUAGUAGCUUUUAUUAGCAGUUUUUUUUUUGGGGGGGGGGGGGCUUUUCUUUCAUUUAUCUUAUUCUCUUUUUGUUGGUUUGUUUUAAUUUUUUGUUUUGCAGACCAACAAUCCCCCCCUUGCAAGUUACUGCUUCAGCUGCCGGCCUUUGUAGCUCCAUCAAACACAAUUUAGCAAAUAGGAAAUAUCACCAUCUCUUGCCAAAUCUCUUAUUUCCUGUUUCGUUACGUUUAUAGAUGGGCUUCUACUGUGGCGGAGAAUUGCUCCUGUGCUGUUAUUUAUUCCUUUGUUUUCCUUUUGUAACGUUGGAUCUGUUGUCAAGAGCGCUUUUAUGAGAUAUUGUGAUGUUGUCAGGUAAUGUGUAGCGAUACCCGGUUGUAAUUUAUCAGUGUGCAUCCUUGUCCCUCUUCCUCUUGAUUUGAAUUCAAAAUAAAACAAGCUGUGACCUGU